GGAUUCACAUAUAGCUUCAGUGUUUUCAGAGAAUAGUUUUAUUAUCAGACACUGAACAACUGAAGAAAAUGUUUCACAUGUUUGUUUUGUUUUCUUUGUGCUGCUUGAGUCUGACUGGUGUGUUUGGUGCUGAAACAAAUGAAAUACAGUCAGUGUCAGUGAUAGAGGGAGAUUCUGUCACUUUAUACAAUGAUGUUACUGAAAUACAGAAAGAAGAAAGUAUGAUGUGGAAAUAUGGAGCUGAAAAGUUCGAUAUAGUUGAAAUUAAUAGAAAGUAUGAAAUGUUCUCUACAUUUGAUGUUCCUGACGGGAGAUUCAGAGACAGACUGAAGCUGGACAAUCAAACUGGAUCUCUGACCAUCACAAACAUCGGAACUGAACAUGCUGGACUUUAUCAACUAGUGAUAAGUGGAGUGAGAAAACAAACAUUCAAUGUUUCUGUCUAUGCUCGUCUGCCUGUUCCUGUUAUCAGAAGUAACUCUUCACAAUGUGCUUCAUCAUCAUCUUCAUCAUCAUCCUCAGAGCAGAAUUGUUCACUGGUGUGUUCAGUGGUGAAUGUGGGUCAUGUGACUCUCUCCUGGUACAAAGGAAACAGUUUAUUGUCCAGCAUCAGUGUGUCUGAUCUCAGCAUCAGUCUCUCUCUACCUCUGGAGGUGGAAUAUCAGGAUAAAAACAGCUACAGCUGUGUGCUCAACAAUCCCAUCAGCAACCAGACUCAACAUCUGGACAUCACCCAACUCUGUCCCACAUGUGCAGGUAUAUCAGAGCUGAUAUGUGUUUAUUUGCUGACCUGA